GUUUGUUUUAUCAUGUGAUGGUAGACUCACUUUCCCCGUCGCCAACACAAUUUGAAUCAGCGACGCGACUAUUGCCAAUACCUUCAUGGGCUCCUCGAAGCAUAAACACCAUGACAAGGAAAAGUCGAUGAAAAAGCGACAUCACCAUAAUGAAGAACAAUCGGAAAAGCACCAUAAACGGAAGCGUACAGAGGUUCGAGUUGACGAUGAAGACAUGUGGGUAGAGAAAAACAUUGACACCGACGCCAAGGUUUCUUCGGAUGCUGUUAUGGCACCACCCGAUGUUCCUUCGACUUCCAGCUUAAAACGGGAAGAAUGGAUGUUGGGACCCUCUUCGUCUUCCGCUGCAGAAUCUUCCGAUUUCUUCUCGAGCCUCGGCAUUGAGACACACCGCAAAGCAAAGGACAAACAAAAGGAGAAAGCCCAGGAGGUGGAUAGAGCCAUGGAAAUCGAAAAGUCGUUGGAAAUACAGGAUGAACAAAGUAUAGACCCUUCAACAGCCUCAGACUCCGCUCCGAAACGCCCGUUCACCCCAGGGGGUCCCGGCUCACAAUGGCGAAUGACUCGCUUGAAACGAGUUUACGAAACUGCUGAGGAAGAAGGCCGAGAUGUACUCGAAGUUGCACUGGAACGGUUCGAUUCAGCGGAGGCCUGGGAAUUAGCGCAGGAGGAACGCCGGAUUCUGGAUGAAAGAGACGGACGGAGAGGACGCCCACAGGACAGAUUCGAAAUCGGCGAUAGAGGAGGGGGAGGCGAAAAAGGUUUCAUGUUUUCCGGCUCAUCGACUCGAAGUUCAUCCUUCCGCCGGCCUGGCGGGAGCGGUCCAUCCACACCUUCCGCAGGUGGACCACCGGUGAAUCGUCGGCUCGAUUCGCUACGUCUACCUUCUCAAGCCAGUUCACCGUUACAACAAAGUCAUACACCUAUACCUUCCGUUUUAACACCUCCGCCUUCACAAUCAUCAAGUAGGAGGGCCCUCUCACCUUCCUCACUCAACAAAUUACAAGCCAAGGUCCUCCGUGCUAAACUGGUUGGUGCACCAAACGCGGAAAAAUUGGAGCGUGAAUAUGAGGACGCUCAGAGGGUAGCGAAUGGGUUUGGUGAUGCCAGUCCUCGUACUUCUGGCAAGCAGAACGUCAAGGUGGAGGUGCUGCCAACUUUGGACGGCAGAGGCCGUCUGUAUGACAUUGGUUCCGGUUCGAAUGGCAAGGAUGAGGAGGGGGACCCUGCUAGAGCAGGCAAUCGGAGAAAGAAGGAAAAAUAUUUCGACACGCACGACCCGCGUACAGGGGAAAUUGUCCGAUACAACGCUGAUGACGAUAGUACCACUCUCACGGAGAUGCUCCGACAGGAGAGGUUUGGUGGUGGGAUGGCUGAUCAAAAGGAUCAGGAUAUGGUGUUAGCGAGAGCGAUUGUUGGAGAUGGAAAGUUCGAGAACGACCUCGACUACAUCGACGAUAACGCUGCGAAAUUGGGCCGGCAAAAAAUGCGUUCGGAUGCUAUGAAGAGGCAGUUUGCUAUUCAUGACUACAAACGCACUCAAAAAGCACUCGCCGACUGCGAUUUCUGCUUCUCUGGAUCGGGCUCGGGUAAAUCUUUCUCUAUCUCCUUCUAUCCUCUUCCCGGUCCUAUCUCUUUCUCGCUACCUUCCACUAAAAAGGCCUUGAUGUCCUCGUUUUUGCUUCGUCUCUUUUCAUUCAACUACCUCAUCUCACUACCAUCCAUCCUAACUUUAUCUCCCCUUCCCACAGGCCCCGACGCAGACGAGGUCCCUCCCCGGGCACCUAUGAUCGCGCUCGGAACUCGCGUGUAUCUCUCUUGUACGAUCCAUGAAGAGCUUGUACCCGGGCACUGUCUUAUUGUCCCAAUCCAGCAUUGCUUGACUAUGCUGGAAGGAGAUGAUGACGUUUGGGAUGAAGUCAAAAACUUUAUGAAGACCCUUAUGCGGAUGUUCUCCGAGCAAGAACCUCAGAAGGGCGUGUUGUUUUACGAAACUGUCACUCCUAGGUCGAUGAAAGGACAAAGACACUCGUAUAUUGAGUGUGUACCGGUGGAAUGGGAAGUAUGGGAGGUACUAGGUGGUUAUUUCAAGGAAUCGAUACUUUCAUCUGGUUCUGAAUGGUCCACCCACCGCAAACUAAUCGAUUUUGCCGCCCGGCCGGGCGGUUUCAGGCGAUCAAUGGUCCCGAAUCUGCCUUACUUUAUGGUUCAGUUUGACUACAAGGGCGAGAAGGGCUAUGGACAUGUCAUUGAAAGUGAUGGUGGAGGUGCGGGGAGGAACGGGGGAAAGAGUAAAGUCGGGCAUGGGUUGGGAGAUGACGAGGAGAUGGACGAUGUGCUUGGGAUGGAAGGAACAGGGGAGAAGGGUGGUGGAGAGUUUCCGAGGUAUUUCGCCGCAGAAAUCAUCGGCAAUGUACUUGGCCUUGAACCUAGGAAGUGGAGGAGGCCAAGGAAGGUACUGGGUGGAGUGCGGGAUAAGGAGAGGGUAAAGGAAUUCAGGGCUAUGUACGAUAGAUACGAUUGGACGGGAAUGAUUGGGAAAGAGUAAAUAAGUAGCUGUGAUUUGAGUAUAAAUUGCCUUCUGUGGAGAUACUAUCACACCUUGCUUGGGAUGUUCUUUUACAGUCCUACUGCAUUUUUUACAACUCAAAUUGAAUGAUG